AUGGGUAAGCUCAAGAAGAGAUCGAGAAGUGCCAAACUGGCUGCCCAGCGCAAGCCUGGGGCUUCCAAGGAUGACAAGGAGUUUCAGAAAAUUGCGCCGCUGCUGGAUAAGCUCAAGUCGGAUGCCAUCAACGACCGUUCGAUGGCUGUCGGAGCCAUCAAUACCUUAUGCGAUACUGACCCAGAGAUCCGCAAAACGUUCCUGAAAAACGACCUUGUUCGCACUAUUUUGACGAAGCUCGUGCACGACUCCAGCGAUGAGGUUGUGGUCGAAUCGUUUGGCCUUCUGCGGAACCUGAUAAUUGAGGAAGGGUAUGAUCUGAGCGUUUUUCUCUGGAGAUCAGACAUCUGGACCGUUCUCGAGAAUGCUUUCAAGAAGGCGAGCGUUUCCAUCGAGCACGUGAAUGACGACAAGGUUUCUGCCGAACAACGCCGCUUGCUUUUUGACUACAUUGAGAAUAUCAUUGCUUGUCUGGGCUCUCUUUGCCUUGAGAUCUCCACAGAGAUGUUUCAUUCUGACGUCCUCCCGAAACUUGUUUCGAACGACAUACUAAAGUUCAUCAUUGUUCUUAUCGAGCGCAAUUAUAUGACGAAAUUGACGUUGUCAGCUCUGGAGUUCCUCUACGAUCUGUCUACGAUCUCUGCACCAUUUAUCGAAGCGUUUUCCCAGGACGAAAAUAUCAAACAAAUUCUUUCGGGGCUCAAGUUGUCUAACGAUCUGUCUGAGGUGUACCUUAUUGGAUUGCAUUUCCAAACUCUGGAGUUUUCAAACGGGCUUGACGACAACCAGACCAUACAGAUCACCGAUAGCUUGCUUGCUGUGGCCAAUAAGGUAGCAGAGGCGAACUCCCGGGAUGAGAGCAGUCUAAAGGUCUACGAGCUGGUCCUUGACAUUUUCGCCACCAUUGUUGAAAUCAAGGGCCAGGAAGAGCCUGUUAGUACCAAGAUAUCAGGUAUGAUCGAGUCGCACGUGGUUCCUUUCCUUAGAGCUGUUUUCGAGUUCAGCAGCGUCAAAGUUUUGCUUUGCUUGACCAAUAUCUUGUGUUUUUACAGGAAUGAGACACCAGAGAGUGUUGAUGAGCUCGUCAAUUUCGUCAGACCAGCCGUGUUGCAGCAACUUUCGCAGAGACUCGGGGAGCCAGAUUUGGAAACCAUCAAUCUGUAUCUCGGAUAUUUGGCGGUGUCCUCCGAAACCUCGUCUGUAGACGAGCUUAAACCGCUUGCAGAGGUGCUGUUGAAAUUUGCCAUGCAACUGGGGGAAAUCACUCCCGUUUCGGCCCAGAUCAUAGGCCAUCUGUUGCAUAUUUUGACCAAAAUUGGCAAGCAUUGCAACGAUUUGGAGCUGACUACUAAUAUCACCAAGCUUAUUGUGGACAAGAAUUUCGUGGAGCCUAUAUCAUACUACAACUCGACCAGGCUGGGAGACUUGCGCAAGAAACAUCGGUAUCUGAUCGAAAUGGUGCUUCUCGAUUCGAUAAAUUCCAUAUUUGAUCUUUUCGACGACGACUAUCCAUACAACAAGCCUAUUUACCACGAAGGUGGACUUCACCAAGUCCUGAAGGACAAUUUGCCUCAUUACAAGAAGAUAUACAAGGCCAUAGACAAAAACAGCGAGCCUCAACUCAAAGCUUUAUCCGAAGAAGCAUUUCAGAAUCUGGAGAGAUUUAUUCAGUACAAAGAGGGCGAGGUUAUAUAG